CGAUGCCUGGGGAGGAGAGUCGCACGUUGCUGGGCUCGGUUGGCAGAGACGCCCGGCGCGGUUGCCGGGGGUGGGAGAAGCAGCAUUCCCGGAUCUGACGCGCGCGCCCUUUGCACGAGAGGGGAAAGAAACAGCAAGAGGGAGAGAGGCGUCCGCAGCCAGAGCGAUCAGCUGGCGGAAGGGGGCAGGGACGAGGCUGGUGCAUUGAUCCAGCUGGAGGGAUCAUGCAGCAGCGCCAAGGCGACAUCAAGGUGCUGGCUCCGUUCUGCGCCCUGGUCAUCUUCCUCUUGUUCACGCUGACCGCCUCCUACAAACCUGUCAUUGUUGUUCAUGGCCUCUUUGACAGCCCUUCUGACUUUGGGACCCUGCUGGACUUUAUCAAUGAGACCCACCCAGGAACCAACGUGACGGUCGUCGAUUUGUUCGAUCGCACGGAGAGCUUGAAACCGCUUUGGAUGCAGGUGGAUGGGUUCAGACAAGUCAUGUACCCCAUUAUGCAGAAUGCCGUCGACGGGGUCCACCUCAUCUGUUACUCACAAGGAGGACUGAUCUGCCGCGCUCUCCUCUCCACGAUGGCCGAUCACAACGUGGAUACCUUCAUCUCUCUCUCUUCCCCGCAGAUGGGACAAUAUGGGGACACCAAGUACCUGAAAUGGCUGUUUCCCCAGCACAUGAAAUCCAAUCUGUAUCGCCUAUGCUACACACAGCUGGGCCAGGAUUUCUCUAUCUGUAACUACUGGAAUGAUCCACAUCAUCGAGAUCUUUACCUCAACAACAGCAAUUUCCUGGCCCUGCUGAAUGAUGAAAAGCUGCACCCCAAUGCUACAGCCUGGAAGAAGAACCUACUGCGCAUUCGGAAGAUGGUUCUGAUUGGGGGUCCGGAUGAUGGCGUCAUCACGCCGUGGCAAUCCAGCCUGUUCGCCUUCUAUGAUAAUAACGAGACAGUGAAGGAAAUGCAGUCCCAAUUGGUAUACCUCAAGGACACCUUUGGUCUGAAGACCCUGGAUGCUCGCGGUGACAUUGUUCUCUACACAAUGCCGGACGUCUCCCACACAUUUUGGCACUCGAACCGCACCGUCUACGACAAAUGUAUCUCCCCAUGGCUGACGUAGCUGGUAGGCCCUGGAAAAAAAACAAUGAGGAGGAAGGCCCGUCAAGAGGCGAUGUGACAUUCCUACCCUCACCUUGGUGGUUCUCCCACAGAAAAGAAACCCUACUUGUUACCUACAGCUUUCCUAGGAUGGUUGAUCCUUUCUUUCACAACGGAAGAAGCUUUUCUGUGAGACUUUUGGGGUGGGGGCUGGCAGCUAUUUGGUGGGUUCCAGUCCUGCACUGUGGAGACAGGAGGAGUGGCACUCUCCCACUUUUCCCAGGUCUGAGCUAUCCAGCUACAGUUGGGAUUUCUUUGCAGAGAAGAACUGCCAAAUAGAACUGUUCCACAGGAUCCGCUGAAUUUCCCCCCCCCCGCAAGAAGUUGAAUUUGGCAGACAAAGGAGGGAUUUGAUUAUAUUUAAAUGUCAAUCCAGGGCAGAAGCAAUCGUAUUCUUCGUUCCCGAACUGCGACAAAACGUUUAUACAGAAGCUGCCGAAAUUCUUCUCUUUCCCCCACAACCUUCAAUUGAAAUUCUGAGCCCUGAAAACUUUGCCACGAACUCUGAGAGUCUUUUAAAUGGUUCAUAUUCUGGCACCCUCCAAAAAAAAAUCCCUUUUGACUUUAGUAACCUCUAAUUUUAGCGAAUCAAACUGUAUGUCUGAAUUGACUGAAACGUUAUUACUGAUUUUUCCCCCUUCCUCCCCUCUUCUAGAAGCACAUGUUCAGGAUCUCAGGAUGAUGAAAGAAAAUUGAUUUAUGCUGAGAAAUUUCAUAACUUGUUCCAUUCGUUUCAAAAAUGCAUCUACUUUAAGGGACGGUUGUUAGCCAGUUUGAGGGACUUCCUCUAGGGGAGCCCCUCACUUUUGAAGGAAAAUCUUCAGCACUUCAUGCUUUGACAGUAUUCUCUUUCAUCCAGGUACGAUACAACCUAAGCAAUAGGACUCAGGUUUUAACUUUAAUCUCAGAAUGGGGUCAGGAGAAGGGAAUCCUGGGGAUUCCAAGCGGUUGCAUGUUUGGUUGAGCUCGGUGGGAUUUGGGAUAAUCUUUUUUGUAGCAGGUACCUUUAUUCUUGCAAAUGAAGAAAACACAUUUUGUGUACGUUACAUGGAGUGAAGCGAUAAGUGUGAAGUAGCAAAAUUCUGGAGAGUGGGAUAAGCCAGGCUGGAUUUUGUGUUUGGUGGUUGUGUGGUAAAUGAUGAAGCGGCGGGUUCACGCUGUCUCAUGAUGUGGCGUGUUGAUCUGACAGUCUGUUUCUUCUUUGUGGAUUUGUGCACACGCCCCUUGCCUUUUUCCUGUGUCAAUCAUCUGUGAGGGGUGGAACUGACCGGCUAUCAGGGCUACACUACAUGUUACAUUUUUUCCUGCUCCAUCCUGGGUUUCUCUGGACCUGAUUAGCUUUGCCUUUCAGCCACACAGCAGCUGCGAGGAGCGUCACAUUAAAAAUCAAGAGGAGCUCAAUUCUUCUCGGAACUGCAGCGGGUGGGGGAAGAGCUUGUGUGUUGCUCUAAACUGUGCAAUAGGGGAAACAGUGCUGGAGGAAGAAGUCCCCUUCUUCCCUUACACUGCAGGUUCAAGCAGAGUCGGGCUCCUGCCUCUUUUAAAAAUGACUUUUCCCACAGCUGCUGUUGGGCUGCAAAUCAGGUUCAGGGAAAAUUGGAGAAUUUUGGAGCCCAGUCACCGAAAACCAUAGUAGUUUGGACAUUCUGCCUGCAGCUGCCCUACAGUUUCCCCUAUGAGAUAGAUUGAAGUGGGUAAUUUUUUAAUCUGGUUCUAAGGGGGAAAAUACAGGAGCUGGGUGAGCCAUACCCAAAUUGGGUUGCCCGGAUGCUGUGGGGGAAAUCCCAAUGUGGAAGCAGCUGUGAUCUGCACUUGGUGGGAGACCACAGAUAAGGCAGUAGAAAGAAGGGAUGAUCCCUCUUUGCAACAAUAAGUAGAUGGGUGACCAUAUUGCUUUACUGCAGCCAUGAUCACAUGUGUGUAUUUGUGCUGAUGAAUCCAGUGUCAUGCCUACAGGGAAAAGCAUGCAAAAGGGAGCAGAGGGGAUUUUUAAAAAAUCUGAUCUGUGGUAGCACACAAAAUUGCAGCAUGUGAAGAUAUCAAUGCAAACCAACAAGCCUCCCAAAUACUAGUCAAACCACCUCAAAUGUACAUGGUUAAUCCAGGGCUAUAUGGGAUUAUCUUAGUUCUCCCCCAGUUCAUUUUCAAAAUGUGUGGGGCAUUUGAAAAUGUGGUAUCUCUACCCACAAUCUGAAGCCAAGUUGUCUAGAAUUUCACCACAUCAAUCUGAUUUAUGUGAUCUUUCCUCACUUUGGUCAGGUGCAGAUGAAAGAUAAAUAUCCCACAGGUGGGCAACAGGCAGAGCUGACAAAUAGUUAACAAAAAGGCAAGGUACAUAUUUCGUUGUGAGUUAAAUACAUUUGCUGAAGCUGCCCUAGUUGAUUGUCCAAGGUGUGGUGCUUUGAGUUUUCUGUAUCAGCUGUGAGGGAACAAAGUAGUCAGGUUAGCAUUUCCUCUGGGGCACAUCAGGUGGAGACAUAGGGUGGAAAAAAUUAAAUGGAGGAGUUUGGCAAAAUUCUCUCUGCCCCAGAAGUUGAAAGAUGAUGGAGGAGAACUGCCAUUAAUGGGAAUUUGUGAGUGCUCUAUUAUCACUAGUGGCACUGUUUACAGGGAUUUCCUCACAUUGAAAUGAGUCAAGCCUCACAUUUGUUUCAAGGUACCUGGAAUAAUCUGAGGUGAUUUUUCUGAGGCAGAAACUGCUUCACACAAGGGAAGCCUCAAAAUGUUUACAGAGAGCUCGGAAAAUCGACGGCCGAUCUCUGCGGUGUUUCAACACCGCUUCGGCCUUUGGGCAAAUCAUUAGUUUUGAUGAUUCGUAAGUGAACUUUGGUGGCAAACUUGAAGACAUUGUGGUUGGAGAGUAAGAGUUACCUAAAAUCUGUGGGUUUUUAAAAAAACUUAGCCCAGAAUUGGGGUGAGAGAAAAAUUAGAGGUGAGAACAUUGUGUGGGACGGACAGUUUGGGAGGGAGGGGGUUCUUAGAUACAAGCAUGGGAUCUAGUAAAAAUGGUAGAGGUGGGGCGGAGCAGCAGUUACGCUCCUGGCCUGCGUACGCAUGAACAAACACUACAUUAGUGCUUUGUUUGACUUAACCAGGAAUAUGUGGCUUACUUUUCUGCUGUGCAUUAAAAAUGUGUUUGACAAAGAGUGUGUUCUCUUUUUGUCCUCCACAAAAAGAGAAUGGUCUUGACGGUCUUGUUCGGCAAGUUCAUCUCUGAGAAUUUCGGCACACCGCAUCACGUUCUGCUUUCUAGAGAAGAAGCUUACUCCUCAGUGGUAGCAUUCAUAGGAACUAAACAGGGGCUUGUUGCAUAAGGCAACAGCUUCCUCAUACCCUUCUUGUGAACUCCUAGGGAUAGCUGGCUGGUCGAUGUGGAAAAGGGCUGAGCGAGGCUAGGGUUGUUUACUUCCAGGUGGCCCUUGGAGUUCACCCACCAUUAAAGUCAAUUUCUGGAAGACCCUCGAGGAAAUGGCUGCUUUGGAGGAGGGACUACAUGGCAUGACACCCUGCUGACAUUCUACCCCUCCCCUUCCUAAAACCUGCCCUCCCCAGGCUCCACCCCGAAAUCUCCCAAUUGACCUUUUGAGGUUUAGUGCCCCCCUCCGAUCCUAACGGUUUUCUGAAAUGCACCUCGUUGGCCUCUUCCACACACGCAGAAUAAUGCACUUUCAAUGUACUUUGCAGAUGUGUGGAAUAGCAAAAUCCACAUGCAAACAAUUGUGAAAGUGUAUUGAAAGUACACUGUUCUGCAUGUGCGGAAGGGGCCCUAGUUUUUUUCCUCAUGAAAAUGAAGAGUUGUGACUCCUUUAAAAGAUGGGUGGCAACAUGCAACAAGUAGUAAAAAAAAAUUGAUGAGCGGACAACAACAAAAAGCACUAACUAAUUAUUUAAAAAUGAAAGCUGGGAAUUGAUAGGAGCUAGUAGAUCAUGAGAGUUUGUCAUAAUUUGUUGUGCUCUAACACUUGCCAAAAUUUUUAAAGCCAUUCUGUGGUAGGGGUGGGGGGAAUGGCAGCCACAGGGACUGAGACGAGGAAAAUGGUGCCAAACAUGAGUAGAGUCUUAAAAACACACUCCUUCCUUUUCACACAAUGUACAAAGGCCCUUUCACGAUCAUCUUUCCAAAUAAAUGGCUUCAAACCGGAUUUGGAAGGGAUUGCAUCAAAGUGGAGGAGACCCACAAGUACACAAUCAGGAGAGGUUGUGGGGCUGUUCUGCCCCACCCCACCUCCCAAACCAACUCAAGUUUUGAUGUCAAAUCAGAGCAAAACCUCUGCUAAGUUUUUCAAAAACUACCUUCCUUAGCCCAGUUGAGAUAUUUUUAAUUGGAAGAAUUAAUACUUGAAAACUGGCUGUCUUGUUACCUGUAUAAUACGUUUUGUCCUGCCCUUUGGCGGGGACAGCUGAUCAUGUUUACCUUUUUAUAUUUUAUUUAUAUGAAUUAUUUAUAGUCACUGGGUCUACCAAAUGUCUUAUAUCAGCAAGUAAAAUCAAUGGGGUUUUUCUUCUUAAAAAAACCCCAUAAUAUAAUGUAAUAGGUUUGAGAGCUCCCUAAAGCAGAGUUACUGAAUUCGUUUGUUACGAGGGCUGUAUAUGUAUAUUUCAGUGCCCUGACAAAUUGCCUUUUUGCAGCAAAGGAAUCCCAAUGACUAAUUGUGUAAAUUGGCACAUGCUUAAUAAUUGUUGAAUAAAUCUGGAACAGGGACUCAUGCAGAGUUGCAGCAGCCUCCUAUGAAGGCGAUAAAUUCCGCUGUGAUAUAUGAAGCAUUCCGUUUCAGGACAGUUGAUAGAUCCGAUGAAGGGCUGUGGCAAAACUGCCUAUCCCAACAGUUCUCAACCUGUGGGUCGCGACCCGUUUGGGGGUUGAGCGACCCUUUCGCAGGGGUUGCCUAAGACCAUCGGAAAACACAUAUUUCCGAUGGUCUUAGGAACUGAGACACUGCUCCUCUAUCCAUCUAUCCCGGUCACCACAAGAGGAGGAACUGUAUUAAAGGGUCGCAGGAUUAGGAAGGUUGAGAACCACUGGCCUAUCCCCUCCAGUGGAGGCCAAUUUUGAAAGCAGAAAAGAUCAGAACAGUGAAUCGUGUGGACAGGCGGACAUCUGUGGAUGAGGGUUAUAGCCUUGGGAAUUUCGUAGCACGCUAACAAUUCCUAAGCGGCACAUCAGCCUUGGGAAUUACUGUAUGAAGGUUCUGCUGAAGGAAAGCAAGUGACGAUUGCUCCUCUUGGACCACCCCUCUAAACAUGAGGGCAGGAAUAAAACAAUGAGUUAAAGAAAACAUUCAAAUCUUGUCCCACCGUCAGUAGAUAUUUUCUGAGAUUUCAUCCAGUUCACACACUUCCAAAUCUAGUAUCACAUUCAUGAGAAUUAAAAGCUUGUUUUCAGUCCGCCCAGAGAGCCUAGACAAGUUUCACCAUACAGAGUUUCACCCCGUGCUGAGUAAUGGAAAACACACAGCUCGGCUCUUAAAGUGACAAGGUUCCAUUUAUGUGGCAUGGCUGGGGGAAACAGUCAUGAAAAAGCAAACAUUUGAUUUGAUUUCAGAAGGAUUACAAUGGCACCACAGGGCUGCUGUCCAGAUUCCUGGCAAAGGACUCUUCACUGCAAAUUCAGUACUUUGCUGCAUAUCUGGUCACCGCAUCGUGGUACACUAAAACGAUGGUGCAAAUGGUGCCGUGCACGGAACAGAUGCUUAGAAAAAUAGAGGCGCUGAUAGUUUGGGGGUGUUCAGAAUGCCACAGAUGCUCGUGCACAUUUUAAUGGCAGCCCAAACACUACAGUUCUGCUCAUGAAUAGCUAGUGAAAAUAUAGUCAAGAAUGAAAGAGAUUGCCCUCCAUGGUAAUGCCUGGGGGGCAGGGGGCAGAUGUUGGUGUCAAAGCUGCUUUAAAGAUGUUGGAAGCUCUGUGGUCAGACAC